AUGGAAGAGGAACAACAAGCUGCUAGACGCCCAUACGAGGCUGCAAUAGACAAAUUUAUCAUGGAAUCCGAAGGACAGCCUCCAACGCCAGGGAAACGCUUCGAAUUGUACUUGGCUGAGAUCGACGAACCGAGCCAGUACGACCUCCCAGACCGUACAAAAAGCGAGCCAACUAUGGCAACAGGAUACUUCACAGUUGCCACUACAGAUCAUGCCAAAUUCUCACCUUCACUAGCAAGCGAACUCACUAAUCAUUCUGCAGCUCACUAUCUUAGCUGCUUGCUAGGGCUACUUAUUGAUACUGGCGCUGUAGCAUUCUCAACGGCUGGAUACGCUUAA